AUGGCUACUGAUGAGGACGAGAAGAACAGGAAGAGAGAUGAACCAAGAAACGAAGAAGAAGCAGAACUCAAGUUGGUCAAGAAGUCCAGAGGAAGACCCAAGGGUUCUCUAAACAAGAAAAAACAGCUUCUGUCUUCUAUUACUCCUCAUGUGAUAACUGUGAAUGUUGGUGAGGAUGUUGUGACUAAACUAAGAACAUUGGCUGCGUCUUCUCCAUCGUUGACCAUUCUUUCCGUCGAUGGCUCAGUAUCUAUCGUAAACAUUCGUAACGAUGAGUCUGAUGAAAUUAAGGCACAUGAGGGUCUCUUCAAGAUUCUAUCUUUGUCUUGUUCAAUCGAAGAUGAUAAAGAAACAAUGGUGAAUGUUCUAUUGUCUGGUCCCGAGUCAUCAUCACAGGUUUUUGGUGGAGUUGCGCGAGCACUACUACCUGCUAGUCCUAUUCAGAUCAUUCUAGGCAAAUUCAAAAGAGAGAUUGGUACGAGCAGCUGCUCCCCUGAUGAGAAUGGUAACUCCUCAUACCAGCACCAACUCCGGGCACCAGUUCCAGCACCAGCACCACGAACACGAGCACGAGCACGGCAACACGAGCAUCCACGUCCUCGUGUAAGAUCAACACCAGCACCAGUCCCAACACCACACGUACUCAAUCCUACUCCUCUAAGAGCAAUGCCGCCGUUGACGCCGGCAUCAUCAUCGUCCUAUAAGACCACCAGUACCAGUGCCACACCAACACCGUAG